AUGGUCUUACAGUCGCCCGAUGCGAGACCAUCGAAACCAAGCCACGAUGCUGAAAAAGGAGACGAGACAAAACUUGGCGAUGACUGGGAGGUUGUCGAAUGGCCCAUCGCACAACCCACCGUAGAGCCCGUCGAAGAGCCCAUCGUGGACGACACCGAACUGGAGGAACCAGGCUACCGUAGAGUACGCAGCCAGGUCACAUUCGACGUCGGCUGGGGAACUUGGAGGACAACUGUGUUUAAAUGGGAUAUGAAUGCCAGGUUCAAAGAAUCUUGA